AUGAAAGCAAUCGUCAUCGACAAAUAUGAUCCCAUCGACAACCUUAUAUCCAAGGAAGUUCCUGGCCCCGAACGACCGCAGGGUCGAGAUUUACUCGUCAGGGUGGAAGCCUGCUCCGUAAACCCGAUCGAUACCAAAGUCCGCACAGGUACAUACGAUGACUACCCAGGUACAUCCUUCACCCUAAAUAUGAACGUAUAUACAGGAUGA